UCCUACUUGUCCUCUUAAUCCUUCCAAAUUAGCCGAUAUUCCCCUCAAUUUCCCCCCAACUACAUAUAAUAUUUACCUAUUAGUUCUUCAUAGUCAACGUUGGAAUACUUGUCAACUCAGUUGGUCUUUUCGUGAUCCUUAUGGUUUAUUUCCAUCAGACGAGCUUUUUGCGCAAACUAAUACACUUAUGGUCAAAAGUUGGCAAUAAUGACAAUCGAAAACGAGGACAAAGAGGAUUUAUUAAAUUAACUGAUCUCUCACCAGUUACCCGGGUUUCUUUAAUGAAUGUUAGACGAGUUGCGGAUAUUGACAUUUUCUUUGCUGGUUUUGCACACGGAGAUGCUGAAAGUUUUGAUGGACGUGGGGGUCUUGUUGCACAUUCGGCAUACCCGCCAUUGGGAAUUGUUCAUUUUGAUGCGAGCGAAUAUUGGGAUUUGGGAGGAGAAAAACAAGUUUUUUGA